GCCGCGAACCGUCGCGUAGAGUGUGUCGCUCGUAGUGUCGAUAUAAUUGUCUCGUGGUGUAUUUGUGGAUUUACAGUGAUAAUCGUGUUCUAAAGUGUGUGACACAGAUUUUAUUUUAUAAAUUUGGACUUUGCAACUAAAGGAGGUAUUUACUGACAACGGUGCCGGUCGCUCCCCGUUGGUCACUGUUUACGUCAGCAUUGAUUUUAUGAUUAUUACAUCAAAAAUAGCGGACUACGACUGAUGAGUAGGAGAGCCGGAAAAGACGGGUAAGGACCAGCGCCAGUUCCGGAGCACAUGUCCGCAGCACUAUCGGGGGAAUGCCAUCGGGCCCGCUCGAUUUGUGAAUGUCCAAGAUGCCGCGAUGAAUACGAAAAUGGUUUUGAAAUAAACGAAAAUGGUUAUGAGGAAUUCCGAAUCGCGGACAGAGAGAGUUAGAAAGAAAAAGAGAAUAUUUACACUGGCUGGACACUUGAGACAGUAAAUAUGACGACACACGGCUUUGUUAGUGAAGCAAACGCGACCAAAGUAAAACAGGAAAGGUUACAUAUGGAUCAAGUAAAUUCAACGAGUGUGGUGGGCAACGCGAGCAGCGGUGAUGAUGAUGAGUGGACCGGUUCGGUGAUCUUCAAGCUGCGCACCGCUGUUCUUCUGAUGAUCGUCAUCAUGGCGGUGCUUGGGAAUCUACUGGUGAUAGUCAGCGUGAUGAGGCACAGAAAACUCCGUGUCAUCACAAACUACUUCGUCGUGUCCCUCGCGUUUGCCGACAUCCUCGUCGCAAUGGUCGUAAUGCCGUUCAACUUCAGCGUCCAGUUCUACAACGAGUGGAUCUUCGGCAGCGUCAUCUGCGAUCUCUGGAACUCCUCUGACGUCUACUUCACAUCCACAUCCAUACUUCAUCUUUGCUGCAUUUCUGUGGAUCGGUAUUACGCUAUUGUCAAGCCUUUGAAGUACCCGAUAAAGAUGACGAAGAAGAUGGCGUUUGUGAUGCUCGCAGCUACAUGGCUCAGCCCUAUAACUAUAUCAUACGCACCAAUUUUCAUGGGAUGGUACACAACUAGUGAAUACAUAAGAACAAGGGAAGAAAACCAAUGCCAAUUCAUAGUCAACAAACCAUACGCAGUUAUAUCCAGUUCAAUAUCUUUCUGGAUACCAUGUACAAUUAUGAUAUUUACUUAUCUGGCCAUAUUCAAAGAAGCAAACAGGCAAGAAAAAGCUUUGCACGCUCGCGCUGGUAACGCAAUGCUUAUGCACAGACAUUCAAGAGAAGCUGAAGAUAAAAAUGGGGCAUUACAUAUAAAUGCAACAACGCCAACUAAAGACAAAAAUAUACUGAAAAUGAAAAGGGAACAUAAAGCAGCUAGAACAUUAGGUAUUAUUAUGGGAGCGUUCAUACUCUGCUGGUUACCUUUUUUUCUAUUCUACCUAUCAACGUCUUUAUGCGAUACUUGUGCCUAUCCUGAAGUUUUAACAGUGAUUAUGUUUUGGACUGGCUAUUUUAAUUCUGCAUUGAAUCCAAUCAUCUACGCAUAUUUCAACAGAGACUUUAGGAAUGCUUUCAAGAACACGCUAGCAUGUGCGUUCUGUAGCUUCUGCAGGCGGAAUUCCUUAGACUCUGAUGCGAUGGAACGAUUGGAUAGGCGUGGAUCAGCACAGUUGAGGGUACCAUUACCUUCACGAAGGCAAUCAGAUCUAGCAUCUCUUUGAGUGUCACCAAAUUUUGACUUUGUGACAACCGUUUGACGGGCCUAGUGUUUCAACGAAAUAAAAUUAAGACAGUGAUCCAAAUAGUGACAUUGUAGUAAAUUAUUUUUAUAAAAAGCAAGUUCCUUGGUUUGAAAGUAAUUUAUUUCGUGUAGUUGAUAAGGCUAAACAUUGUGUUAGUGAUACUAUAGACAAAAUAGUAAUACGAAUGAGUGUUUUGUAAUAAUUGAUAUCAAAGAUAGUUUUAGUCCAGAAAAUGUCGUUAGCAGUUCAAAUAUUUCUAAUUCUCUAAAUUCUAUAUUUCAAAGUACUUUUACUAAUUUGGACUUAGAAAUAUUGGAAGUUUAACUUUUCCUUAAUACAGUAUUUGACGAAUAGAACAAUUAAUAUAAAAUAUAUUAAGCAAUAAGUAGUUAUGAAAUUAGAUUAACAGUUUUAAAGUGUUUUUUCAACCAGUAUUUAAGAGGUAUUAUGAUUAAAGAGCUAUGGACUUAAGUUGUACAGCAGUAAAUAAUAAAGUGAACAAUGUAAAAUAAAAAACUGAAGCUUUAUAAUAGGAAAUAUUUGAAAGAUUCUCGAAGAAAAUUGAGAAAUUUUAUUUAUAAACUUGCCCGAUGAGAUGUUUUUGUUAGUAGACUGUAAAACAAGUUGCUCGACUUAAAUGCUGAGAGCAAUAUUUGUACAUAAAUUUAACGGUCAAAUAGGUAGGUAAAAUUAAAUUCAUCUAUAGGUUAUAUAAUAAUUAUAGUUUAGAAAUAGGGAGAUACGAUAAAUAUGGGGACAAAUAACGCUUCAAUAGAAAGAGUUUAUAAAUUAAUUGUUGUGCUAUUAUCUAUAUCAGAUCCAUUAGAUUUUGAUGUAUUGAUGUCGUGUUUUGAAUCAAUUAAUAUGAAUAGUUCUAAAACUACUAACAUUAAUUAAUCUCUUUUGCAUAUCGAUAGUGAAGUUACUUUCUUUAAUAUUUUAAAUAAUUUUAAUCGUUGUAGAAGAUUCAAAUACUUACGAAUAAUAGUUUCUUUGAUUGUUAGUCGACAAACGAUUGUCAGUUGUUGACGAAUGACUAAACCCUUUUUUAAACACAAGUUUUAAUGAGUUUGUAAUUUUAAUUGUUAUUAAUAAUAAUCGUACUAAAGAAAUUUAUUUAUUUUAAAGUAUUAUUAAAAAUUUGCGCCUUAUUUCAUCCAGACUUUUUCAUGCAGAAUUACAUAUCUUUUGAAGAUAACGCUUUUACACAUUCCAAAAAUUUAUUGAAAUCUUUGCCAAGAUUACUGAUUACUUAUUAUCCGAAAUGGUUCUUGUAAAUUGAGACUUCGCUAUCGAUAAAUAAGACGCUCUUUGUCAAAGCUAGAUUCUUGUUCAAAUUAUAUUUUGUCAGUGUCUAUUUACUUCGCUUCAAAUCUUCAUAUUAAUAUCUGAUACAUGUCUGUUACUGUUAUUAAUUCACGUUCUAUUUAAAUAUUGGGCGAUUGAAUUAUAUUGUUUUUAAAGUGAAACUUUUAUUACAUCGUCUCGGACUUUUUCGUCUGUGUGUUGCAUGUCGCGUGACGGUCGGGCGGCGUCUAUAGUUCGCAGCAGCUGACCGUGUAGUGUAUAGACUAUUACUCAUUUGUACCAGUGCUCCACGCUAUUUUGUUUGUUUUUGUCAGUGUUUAAUGUAUAUAUUAUUCCAAAAAAUUUUAGUUAAAUGUCUAUAAUGUGAAAAAUAGUUUCACUUUUACCGUUAUUUCAUAAAACCACACAAACCUUUUUUUUACUUUGUUUUAAGUUUUCUUGCAAUAACAUUUUCACAAAUGCAUUGGAUAUAAUAUCUUAUCGUCACUUGCUUGACAGUGGAAAUAUAAACAUUGGCAAAUUUACAGGAAACUCCAAAAUAUUAGUGAAUACAAUGUUGAACUAUUAUGCCGAUAUUUGAUUAUUUAUAAAAAGACUAUUAAAGAUGUCUUGAAAUGUACUACAAUGUAAUGUUUGACAGUAAUAUAAUUUAAUUGUAUAAAUAAUUUUAUUGGGAUUUAUGAUUUAAAAUACCCUCGCUAUCUGGGAAUUGGUAAAAGAACUUAACUGUUUAAUGGGGAACCUGCGUUGUUAUUGUGAAGUAUGUUUUUAUGCCAUUGAAAACCGUGAUUUAAUAACAGCUACACAUGUUAUCUCUCGUAAUUUCAAUGUGUCUUCCUUUAUUAAUAAGGCUCAAAUUAUUAUUAGGAAUGUGAAAUUAGUAGCUAAUUAAAUUAACUCCAAAAUCGGUAUUUAGCUAAUUGUGUCUAUAUAACAUUGAUGACGUCAUUUCGUCUUUAAAGUGUAGAUAUUUUAGCAAUAAUGAGUAAUUAUAUGGUUGUGACCUUAAUAUUACAACUAAAAUCUUAAACUGAAGGUUACUUACAACUAAAAUGUGUCAAAAUUUAUAUUACUGAAAUCAUACCUUGCAGAAACAAAAGAAAACUUACUCAUAAUACUUCAGGCAAUAAUCCAAUUACGCAAAAAUUUAACUUGAACUAAAUACGAAGUCUAAUCCACUUUAUAUUUUUAUUUGGUCUAAGUGAAAUAAGGACCGUAGUAAGAUAGUAGACAUUUUGUUUAUAGCAGAUGUCUAUUAUCAAUAAUAUUAUGCUCAUGCAGGAAAAUAGACAAUACAUAAAAGAGGUCUUUAUCAUUGCAGUAGUUGAAUUAAUACAAAUACUAAUUAAUUUAUUUACGUUUUUGAAUAUACCUAAUAAAUGUGAAGCAAAUAUGAAUAUAUAAUGAAAUCCGAUUGACAACAAUUGAGUAAAAUUAUACAUUACAUUCAUGUAGUUAUAAAUUUUGAUAGAUUUCCAGUUGAAACCUCUGCUUUCUGAAAACGUGCUUAAAAAUGUAUUUAUGCAAUAAAUGUAUGUAUGUAUGUUGUACAUGAAAAAAAAAAAACAGUAUUUGCUUCAACAUAAACUACACCCACUCUUUCAAUAGAGAUAAAUAUAAAUCUUUGUUUAAAAUUAUAUUCUAAUUUCUGUUUGAAUAAACAAUUAAUUAUAACAUAAUAUUCCAUUGUAGUUGUUCAGUUUUAUUUACAUUCAAAUUUAAGCCAUUGGCUACAUAAUAUAAUAUCAAAGGAAAAUCAUAUAAUUUUAAUUUGAGUCCGUCCAAUAAUUACGUUCGUUAUCAUAACAUCCAUUUUAAAUCAUUUUUGUAGAACACUUUUUAAUGUAGAAACUACACUAGUUGAAAAAUAACAUUUUUUUAUGGAAGAAAACAAGAGUAAGGGUCAAAUGAUUCGAUUACGGUUCUCGGUCCUUUAAGGAGCUGCAUUUCUUUUUUUUUUGAAGGACCGGUGUGGUAUCGUCGUUUCUUUGUACAUGGAAGGUUUUAAAAACUGAAUUGUGGAGGAACGCCCUGCAAUUAAAGAUUUUAGGAGCUUCCGUGCCCCUCGGUGGCGUAAGGCACAUAUUAGAUGCUAUUAUAUAUGAUACCAAAGUACCGUGUAGUAAAUUUUGCAAGAGUUAGUUUAAAAAAUUUAAUUUUCACUGAAUUGCUCCUAUAAAGUGCAGCAUAAAAAUAGUUCUUUGAGAGCUAGGAAUGUCGGAAAAGGACUGAGACAAAAUUUGGUAGAUAUCAUUAUACAUAAGCCAAUUUUAAUCAGUUCUUUUAUUUUCUAAGUUAAAUAAGUGUUCCAAUCAAAGUGUAAAAUAUAUUGCAUGUAAUACCAGUGUAUCUUAGGACAUAAAUGAGCAUAUACCAAAUAUGUACAAAUACAACCGAAGCAUUAUCAAAGCCAAAUCGUUGCUAACAUUCUGUAAAUAACCGUUUAAGUAAUUUAAAAAAAUUAUGGCCAUAAUAGGGCAAUAUUGUCGUCUUUGGCAAUUUCUGUAAUGUUUCAUCCGUUUUUAUAACUAUGUAGCAUCAAUCAUAAAUGUGAAUAGUUAGAAAUAUGUAUUGGACUUUAGAAUAAUCUGUUUUUUAAUAUCAUAUAAUAUAGUAGUAAUUAAAAAUCACAGCAAUAUGUAACUUUAGUGUAAUCAGUGUAAGUAGAAUCGUGUAGAUUUGGGAAAGCUUUUUGCGUUUUGUAUUUUAAAAUAUAUACGUAAUUUGUGAGAGAUUUAAUGGUGGUAUAGAGUGAGAGAUAGUAAAUAAGAGAUAAAAGGUUGCUGUUAUUGUGGAUUGAAAUAGCUUAUUACGCACCAGUGGAAACCCUAAUAUAAAUGAAGUAUAAAAGAAUUUAGUGAAACAUUUAACAGCUCAAUUGGUUUAACCGUAAUAUCUUCCAAUUUAUUGGUUUAUUGCAAAACAUGUCGGAAUAAUAAGGCAAAAAUCUAAAUACAGACACAGGUGAUGCCCAUAGCGCGGUAAAGUGGUUCUACGAAAUCGUUAUAGGGAUUAAUGCGUUUUUUCGACCUCGUAAUUCGUAAUAAUAAUAAUAAUAAUUAACCACAAUUUUUAAUAAGUAUUCCCAAUUGUUUGCCUUGUUUUACUAUUUUAUUAAGGUUUUUAGUACAUUAAUUUAAUAAAAUAAUUUAAUUUUGGGUCAACACAAUUGGCAUACGUGCAAAAGUAUGCGAAGCUUGUAAUGAACUGUACAAAUCAUUAUAAAUUUCACACUACAGAAAUAUGUAUGUGGGAAAUCGCCGCGUUAUGUGUAAUAGACGUAUUAUAAGGUAUUGAAGAUCGCGUAAUAUGAAAAGUCAGUAUAAGGGUGCCGCGUUAUAGGGAUGAUUACUGUAUAAGUCAUUCUCAAUAGUUAACGCAGAUUUGCAGACCUAACAAAAUAACUUAUCUUAAUUAUCACUGUCUCUCAAUCUAUUGACCUCAAAUUCAAUUUAAGUUUUGUAAAUAUCUCCUUUAUCUACCUUGUCUGUGAUACUUCAUAAAUAUAAUUUUGUUUUUACUUUGACUAAUGUUUUAAUGUUAUUUUAUUCAGAGUUUUAUUAAUUGUAGUUUCCACGCGUCGCGUGAUCCUUCUAUGUAAAGCUGUAGUUAUUUAAAUUAAUAUUUAUUAUGUCUCGUGUUUUGCUGAAUUAGAUUAACAAUGAUCAGUUCAAGUAUUGAUCUAAGAACAGUAAGUUAUAUGCAGCUAACGUAUUCUAUAGCUACUGUUAGAUACAUUUAAAAAAUCAUACAUGGGAUUUGUUGUUAGAAUUACUUACGAGCUGACGAUAUUAUUGCAAGUGCUAUAGACGCGUGAAGACUGGCUAAUACAUACAUAGCUACUUUUUUUCAAAUAGCAUUAAAUCACAUUCAAUUUUUACUUUUGUUUUAUUGUUUUAAUAAAUCUCAAGUGUAAAAGUUUCAGAGUCAAGUACCGUUCAAAUCAUAAGGUUAGUAUACUAGCGUAAUAGAGAGACAAUCUCCUUAUUACGGCGGAACUAAAUUAUAAUGUUCAUAUGUGAUAGUUUUACAGAUGUGUUAGUAAGUUAGUGAAGUGUGUAGUAUUUUGCUUCUGACAAAUAUUGAGGAACGAAGUCAUAUUCACGUAGAGAAUAUUUUAUUAUCUGACACAUAUUUUCUUAAAUGAUUAUAAUCUUAAGAAAUUAGAGUGCUUAUGGUAUAAAAUUUAAUAUUUAGUAUUUUAGUGUAAAUGUUCUACGAAAAAAACAUCAGAAAAGUAGUUUAAUUGAAGAAUCAGUAAUUUCCUGUAAAAUGUUUCUUUAGUUGCACAGUUGCUUUAUGUAACAACACAAUCUAAAACAGAACUCGACACUAUUAUAUUAUAUUAAUUAAUAUCCGUUAAAAGACAGUACAAUAACGAUAAACACACUUAAAUUAAAACGCGAUCCAGUUUGACAUGAGACUAAUGGACACUAAAUUGUUUCAUAACGGUUUCAUGGACUUUAUCUAUUCCUUCUCUUUCUAACACUUAGAUUUUUUUGUAAGGAUAGUUAUUUCACUUUCACACAUGGUUUGUCGAUUACUCUAGUAUACUAAGUUUAUGGUUCAAUUACUGUUCAAUAGACUAAUGAAUAGUUAAUGUUGUGAUAUUUUGUUUCAAAUACAAAAACUAUAAGAAACUUAUCAGUCAAAAAAUAGGUGUAGACAAUUUGUAUUUUACGCGGAUAUUAAUUGCUAACAAUUUAGCGCAGCUGGUCAUAGUCAUAACGCAAUGAAACAGUCAUUUGGGGCUAAUAGAAAUGAAGUUUAUAAUAAACAGUUGGAGACAUACCUUAGAUUAAGGAUUGGUCUCCACUGCGCUCCAAUUAGAUACCUUACUAUCUAAGAACAAUAGCUUUCUUAUUACAGCAACAUUAUAUUGUAGUGUGUAUCUUUCAAAUUUUCAGAUACGCUUCGUGUUAUUUUACUCUGAAGCUUAUAAAAUACAAAAUAAUUACUGUUGAUAUGCGAUCCCAGCGUCUUUCGUAUUUUUUGUAGUACUAUUUUUACAAAGUUUUACUACACAACCCGGCAUUUUAGUUUCAAUUAUUAGCAAAGUUUAACAGAACAUAUUGUGGCACGUCAACGUCCUACAUUGUUCGGGAUUGGCUCGAGUACGACUACUUGGGCGUAUUAUUUUACGACUACGCCUGCGAUAGGUAUAUAGUUGGGGUGCAGCGGAGACCAAUCUUUAUUGUAAGAGUUAUACUAAUAUGUGAUGACCACAUUUUAUCUAUAUAAAAAUAGAUCUUAAUAGAUUGCAUUAUUAAUACACAAAAAUCUAUUAUUUAGUAUUAUCGAUACGCAAGGAAAUGUAAGUAAUGUUCUGGAAUGAGGUCAAAUAAAAUAAGUUAUGUAGUCACGUCUGAACAGACUUGACUACAUAACUUAUUUUUGGAUAUACUGGGGAAAAUUUAAAUAUAAUGUUCAUUAUUUUUUUACAUAUUGCGUUUUAAAUGAGAAAAAUUGGAAUGAAAUUUAUUGCCUUGAUAUAAUUUGUUAAAGCUUCUUGCCUUUUCUGCCCUUUGCACAAGGAAAUUAGUAUUAUAUAGAUCGUAUAUUAGUUGCACUUAGCUAAUAAAAGUCAUUAUUCGAUGCAGUUAUAUUAAAUGGGUUACUCAAAUUUUUUUGGGAAACAAAAUUUUAUGAACAAUGCGGGACUCGAACCCGCGACCUCUCGCGUUCCGUGCGAGCGUUUUCCAACUAAGCCAACCGUUUGAGUGACAUAUCGUUCAUAAUUCUUGUAUGUCUUGUUCAGGUUAUGGCUUCAUCUACAGAAUCUACUUUACUACAGUUGAUAACCUGCUAAGCCCUUAUAUUGCAUAUUAGGAAAUUGACUUGAGAUGUCGCUCUUGCAAAUCUAAACAGUUUGCGAGUUCAUACAAGAUUUAUCAACGAUACGUCACUCGAACGGUUGGCUCAGUUGGAAGAGCGGGUUCGAGUUCCGCAUCGUUCAUAAAUUUUAUUUUCGAAUUUAUUUGUGUAAUUAAUCCCAGAAGUGAGGCUUAUCACUUUACGAAAAAAUAAAAAAAAAUAAUUGAGUUAUUGUAAAAUUAAAAUAAUAAUUCGAUAGUACUCAUUCACUUUGGUGGCUUGUAAAUUGAAAUUUACAAAAUCAUGUACCCCUUAAUUUUUUUUAAAACAAGGCAUGAGUUGAAAACCCAUACAAUAUUCGGAUGCAUUAUUUUUAUAAAUUAAUUUUUGAUAAAGAUAAUGAAGAUAGAAGAAAAAAUAAAUAAAGAAGUAAUUUUAUAUGUAUAUAUUUACAUUUAAACAAUAUGUUAUGUUUUUAAAGUGAUAACCCCUUCUAGGAUAAAUACACAAAUAAAAUUUGAAAAACAAAAUUUAUGAACGAUGCAGGAUUCGAACCCACGAUCUCCGGCGUUCCGUGCCGGUGCUCUAACCAACUGAGCUAACCGUUCGAGUACCGCCACGUUAUAAAAUUCUGUUUGCGUUAUUCAACUCUCAGGUUGUGGCUUCAUCUACAGGAUCUACUUUACAGUUGAUAACCUGCUCAACCCCAAUAUUUGCAUAUUAGGAAAUUGACUUGAGAUGUCGCUCUUGUAAAACUAAACAAUAUGUUAUGUUUUUAAAGUACCCUCACUUCUAGGAUUAAUACACAUAUAAAAUUUGAAAAUAUUUACAUUUUUCUUUUUGUAGACUUUCUGUUCGCUCCAUUUGACUGUACUCAGCGCAAAAAUGUAUUAAUAUUAAUGAAUUAAAUUAUAUUUGUGUGGGUAUUGAAAUGCUUUUUGCAGAUUAAACAAAUGUUUUGUACAUAUUA